GCUGAAAAAGCAGAAGGAUUUAUCAGACUUCCAGACUUCAGUGUGGACCGAGCAAUUGAAUGCAAAAAAAAGCAUGCUAUUAAGAUCAGCCACCCACAGAUCAAGACAUUCUAUUUUGCAGCAGAAAAUGUUCUGGAAAUGAACACGUGGCUAAGUAAGCUGGGGAUGGCUGUAGACCCUCAGGCACCCAACGGGAAGAAUGAGGAAGAAUGCUACAGCGAAAGUGAACACGAUGAUCCAGAAAUAACAGACACGCCACCUCCCCCCUACACAGUCCAGCCACCACCUCCUCCUUCAGAUCAGCAGAAGUCUUCUUUCACCUCAACUCUGUCAAGUGAAGCAUCUUGUUCUCUCUCCUCUGCUGAAAGCACUUUCAACUCCCAAGAGUCGUCUUCUUCCUUGACGUCCAAAGUGGUUUAUUCUGAGAGGCAGUCGUGGCUUGACCUAGUUAACAGCUCUGCCACAGAAGAGAGUGAUCAGCCUUUAACUUUCUGCGUACAGAUUCACUCUGACGAGCCACCAGAAGUAGACUGUGGAGAAGUGGCAGAAAGCCAGGAGGGCCGACUUUCCAAACCCAGUGGUGGAUCCCAAAACUCUUUUUUAGGUCCGGAUACACAUUGUCUAGCUGUGCCAGAUGCAACAGGACAGAGAUCAGUAGCCAAAG